AUGUACUGGCUUGUUAGGAAGGAGCUUAGCAGCAAAAGCUACAUUUUAGGUUUUGAUUUCUCCGAUGAGAUAUUCAAGGACAUAUGUUCUUGUCAUCUCCCUUACAAAAAUAACUAUCUUGGCUGCUUCAGUGGGGAUAGUUUGUCUUUGCUAGAACAAAACAAAGAAGUAACAAGUCUGAUCGAGGUGUGGGUUUCAAGCAGGUUAGCUGAUGGGAGUGUCUCGUUUAAACAAUAUUUCAGAGUGGCCAGCCCCGAUAUCCCGCAGUCACGGUUGUUUUCAUUUUCUCCUCGUCUGGUAUAUUGCAUGAUCUUCAUUGCCGAGCACAAACGCUACAAGGAUAACUAUCAUGACACCUUCCAGAGUGGUUACGUCUACGUUCCAAGCCUGAUCCCUAUACCAUGA